UGUUUCUUGAAUUCACGUGACGAUAGUAGGCUAGGCAAUUAGGUAUUAAAGAUGUUCUUUGCUUAUAUUUUUGGAGGGGCCCUGCUCUUAGUUUUUACCCUUUGGUACAAGUUUGCUUAUGCCCCGUAUCAAGUGUUUAAGAAGGUUGGUUUGACUUCUCCUCCAACUGUACCUUUCUUUGGAAAUAGUUUGGACAUAUUUAAGCUGACUGACACAGUUGCAGUAGAGAAAUGGAUGAGAAUACAUGGCAAAGUAUUUGGGUAUUAUUUUGGUGCCAAAGCUUUUAUUGUCGUUCUUGAUCUCGAAAUGUUGAAAGAAAUCACAAUUAAACAGUUUGAUAACUUUACUGAGAGAAGAAAAGAGGAUUCUGGUUUCUUCUAUGUGUUAAGAAAAAAGGCCAAUAUAGCUACUGGCCUUUUACUUAUGGAUAAGAAAAAUUGGAAGAGGGUGAGGCCAAUAACUAGCCCUACAUUUUCAGCUAAGAAAAUGAGAAUGAUGGUUCCUCUUAUUGAGAAGAGCUGUCACACAUUGGAUGAGGUAUUUAGUGACAUAAGUACUAAAGGCAAUAGUACCGAACUCUUUAGAAUAUUUGGUCAUUUUACAAUGGAGGUUAUUCUAGCGACUGCUUUUGGUUGUCAAGUGAAUAUUCUUAAAGGAGAAGGAAACUCUUUAACUGAAGCUGCUGCAGGGAUAUUCUCUGGCACUGCCAUUACAGGAUUGAGUGAAUUAUUAUGCUCCCAAAUUCCUUUCUCAGAAAAAUUGUUUGAGUUGUUUUUUUCAAAUGGAUCGAAGAUAACUCAGGAUUUUGCAACUCUUAAAAGUGUUGCGAUGGAAGUGAUUGAACAGAGAAGGCAACAGUCAUCUGAAGCAUCUGAAAAUAAAAAUGUUGACUUUCUUCAGCUUUUAAUGGAAGCUAGAGCAGAUGAUGAUACUGGGGAAUUAGGACCUGGUUCCAAGCAGUUGACAGAUGAUGAAAUAAUAGCUCUCUGUACAACGUUUUUAUUAGCUGGAUAUGAGACAACCAGUAACCUACUGGCCUUUACAGCAUAUCUUCUAGCAAUGAACCCUGAUAAACAAGAGAAACUGAUUCAAGAAAUUGAUAAAUAUUAUCAAGAUCAUAAAGAGUCUUCUUUGUAUGAUGCUGCACACAGUGUGGAGUAUUUAGACUGGGUAUUACAUGAGUCACUGAGGGUAUAUCCACCUGCACCAAGGACUUUCAGAAUAUGUGAAAACACUUGUACAAUCAAUGGAGUCACUAUACCUGCUGGUUGUUACAUCGUGAUACCCAUUCAGGUCCUCCAUCAGUCAGUUGAACAUUGGGAACAGCCUGAGCUCUUUAGACCAGAAAGGUUUAGUCCUAAUGAGAAGGAGUCACAUCAUCCAAUGUGUUAUAUGCCAUUUGGUGCUGGUCCUCGUAAUUGUAUUGGUAUGAGGUUUGCAUUGAUGGAAGCUAAAAUGUGUCUGAUGAAUUUAUUGAGGAAAUACAAGUUUGAGAGAGCACCAGACACACAAGUUCCAUUAAAAACUCGUAUUGGCGUUACACAGUCACCAGCUGAUGGAAUAUUUCUAAAAGUGCUACUGCAAUGAACUUUUUAAAAUUUAUAAAAACUUGGCUAUGAAUUAGAAUUUUUUGUAUAGCUAGAUCUAGGCUUUAUCUAAUAAGAUUGAUUAAUAUCCUAGGGUAUGACACAUCUAAGAGAUCAUAAUUCAUAAGAUGAUGUUGAAAUAGUA